AUGGACCUUCUUUACAAGAAAAUGUCUUUCGAUGUAAGUUCGUUUGAUGCAGUAAAUAUAGUUUAAUAGUUUUUUAUUAUUUUGUAUUUAAAAACUUUGAAAAGGCUUAUAACGUUUACAAGUAUUUUAAAUGUUUCAAAUAUAUUAUACGGAACCAAAAUAGCGGGCACUUUUCAGUUGAAAAAUAAAUGAAGUGUCCCGAUACUUUUGGUUCAACCUAGUUUUUUUUAGAAAACAGUAAAAAACAUAAAUUGAUACAUAUUUUAUAAGACUAUAACUACUAAAUUUUUAGUUUUGGCCCCGUAUGCUACAAUACACAACAUAUAUGGAAGACGUUUGUAGUUUUGCACAAGUCAGCAAAUAUUUUUACCGGCUGACUAAAACGGAUUUUCAACAAUUGUGUUACAGAAAUAUAAUUUAUCGACUUGAUGGCAAAACGUGGGCUACAGCGUUUGCAAAGUAAGUGAUACAAUCAAUACCCCAAAACAAAGUGAGUGCAGUGUAACUCCUGUAUAACAAACUCAUUCGUAACAAAAUCCUCUUAUAACGAACAAAUUUUAUAUCCUCAUACGAUUAGUUAUGCGGGAGUUCCAUUGUACCUUUAAAAAGUUAUGGACGGUAGAACUCUUGUAUAACGAAUCGCACGGAGGUGUAAAAACAACUCGUUGUAUAGGAUUUUUGUCAUAUUAGGUUGAAUCAACAGGACGACUUUCAUUAAAAUUUUUUCAAUUGAAAAGCGUCCCGCUACUUUUGGUUCAAUCUAACAUAUCUGGUUCGUUCGAUAUCUUUAUGUACUAAAAACCUUGAAAACUAAUACUAAUCAGUUUAAAAACAGAGAAUACCUCUAACAUGUUAACUAAGCCACAGGCCGCUUAUUGACAACUUUUUUCAUCAGUUAUUCUUUCAGUACUCCAAGUCGUCGACUAGAUGAAACGAUUGAUACAAUACCACAUGUAAGACUUUUGGAACAAUCGAUUUGUUGUCCUCACACCGGCACAAUAGCAGUGCUUUUAGAGAAGAACCAUGUUUUGUUAACCAACAUCGACUUUGCAAAGAAAGUUUUUGAACUCCUCGACUUUCAACACCUCACAGGCAACAUAACGAACGUUCAGCUUAUCAACAAAUCGACAAAACUUAUAAUCGGCACAACGGACUCUUGUGUUGUUUUCGAUUUAAUCAACAAAACUACAGUAAAAGUCUACCCUGUAUCUUGUUAUGAUGUUUACGAUGGUUCCACGUUGCACCACUAUAAGAAUGGUAUCUUAGUAGAUCUGUACAAUCAAAAAGAAUACAAAGUUGAACCUUCCAGAAUGGUAGGAUUACCUACGAUUAAAAGUGUCGAUUCCUACGGUUACAGUAAACACAUUGGGUAUAUGGAUGUUAUAGGAAAUUUUGUAGUAAUUAACAAUAAAACGGGCAAGAAGCAAACCUUAGAUAUCAAUAACUGGGACUACGGCGAUAAAAUAUCCAUUUUAGACAACGUUGAUCAACUUAUAGUAAAUGGUAUGUUAAUCUUCAAAACGUUAAUUUACAAAAACUUUCUUAUUUAAACCAAACUAUUAGUUGCGAAAAAAUUACCUCUUACUUCAAGUACAAAGGUAUCUAACAGUGCGAACGGCCAAUUUACUAAAUUGCUGAAGGUCUUAUGCUUACAUGUAGGGGUGAGAAACGGGCCGUGUAGGCCCGGCCCAAAGGUUAGGCCCGGCCCGCGGGCCGGGCUUGAAAAAUUGGGCCCGGGCCCGAAAAAAAAUUUUUUUUUUAAAUUUUUUAAAUAUUUUAUUUCAAUCCCCGUUGAUAGGGGUGAGAAACGGGCCGGGCCCAAGUUUUUUUACGAAUGAGCAACGUUCGUCGUCGUAAAUUUUAAAAUAAUCAGUUCCUGUAAAUGUUAAUUUAACUUACAAAUAAAGUGUCCGACCUGCCCCGCUCUGAUUGACUUUAAACUUUGUAUCUAGAAAGAUCAUGUAAGUAGGGGUGAGAAAAGGUCGGGGCCGGGCCCAUUUUUUUAGGCCCGGCCCAGGCCCGGGGCCCAACGUUUAGGUCCGGCCCGGUUUCAAUUUUCUCUCAGGCCGGCCCGGCCCGGUCAGAAAGUUUCUAGGCCCGGCCCGGCCCGUUUUAAAAAAUUUUAAAACUUAAAAAAUAAACUUUGAUUUUAUUGGGUACUAUGAUCCAUAAAUGAUCUGAAAGAACAAUGUAAAGCCAAAUUUCCGUUUAUUUUUUAAGUUUUGAAAUUUUUUAAAACGGGCCGGGCUUAGAAAUUUUCUGACCGGGCCGGCCAGGGAGAAAAAUGAAAACGGGCCGGGCCUAGACGUUGGGCCCCGAGCCUGGGCCGGGCCUAAAAAAUGGGCCCGGCCCGGACCUUUUCUCACCCCUACUUACAUGAUCUUUCUAGAUACAAAGUUUAAAGUCAAUCAGAGCGGGGCAGGUCGGACACUUUAUUUGUAAGUUAAAUUAACAUUUACAGGAACUGAUUAUUUUAAAAUUUACGACGACGAACGUUGCUCAUUCGUAAAAAAACGUUUGAAUGGAACCAACUGGUCAACCAGCCCAUACGUUACAUUGAUUGGAUUGAAAUACUUUCAAACAGAUAUCUUCGUAAGUACACCUGCUUUUUACAUUCACAGAACGUGAUUUAUGUUCCAGUUGUUUAUUUUAUGCUUGUAUUAUAAUUAGAUUAGAAAAAAUUUGUCAAAAAAUAUCAUUUUUAGAACUUUAAAGCUAUAUCUUUUAAGCAUGUAAGAAUAUUGAGCAUACUGUCACUCGCUAGCCGAGUCUAGUUAGCAGUUUUUGAAAACAGUUUAACUUUUUAUGCUCCUUCAUCCUAUAUGAAAAUUCUGUUUUUUGGCUGCAAAAAAAAGAUAUUCCAAGUUUUAAAAGAUGGCGCGGGGCCAACUUUAUGUGCAAAACUUAAAUUUUCAACUUCAGUUUCUUCGACGGAAUCAAAAAACACAAGGCAUGGACAUUGUAAAACAAAUGCUAAGCUCGCAAAUUCUCACCAACGGAUUUUUCGUUGAUACGCUUCCUUUCGUUACAACGUACUACCUUAGCGGCAAGUGCGGCAGAAAGACUUUGGUACAUUUAGACUGGUCGACAGGUAAGCCCGGCUCCUGGUUUUUAGACAAUAUUAUCAGAAAUCAAGUAUUUAUACAAUGCCUUGGUUGAAACAAAAGCAGCGGUACACGUUUCAUUUGUUUUUCAACUAAAAAUUGUCCCGAUACUUGUGGUUCAACCUAUUAUCGAAACAACCAAAAUGUGUGUAAUUUGGGUGUAAAAUGCUGAUUUUUAAAAAUUCAUAAUGACCGUAAUUUGCACUUUUAAAACUCAAAAUUUUCCAUAAAAAAUGUACAAGUCUGUUCUACCACUGUGCCAAAUUUGGCAUUUUUAGGAUGCAUAGUUGCAAAGUCAUGAAUUAUUUCUAGCGACCAAAUUUCUCGGAACACCCUGUAAAAUUUAAAAAAAUUGUUAUUUUUAUUUUCAGGCAAGCUUGUCUCGAAGAAAUUUUACUGGCCAGAUUUUGGUAUGAAGAGAUUUAACUUUCUCAAAUUUUGCUCCAUUCCAGUAAAUGGAACAAGCAUAGUAGGCACGGAAUUCGGCGUUCGAAUGCAAUUCGAACAGAUAAUCGACCAAGUAACGAACAGUGAAUUGAAAAAUUUGGCUUUUCAACCCAAAACUUUUCAUGGUAAUACAUUUUGUGUGUUUUGCACUUUAUUUUAUAAUGGUUCUUUAAAUUUCAAUUGAAAAUAAAUGAAACUACCAUAAAGUUAUGUGUGCUUAGUUUUACAAGUUACAAGGAAAAUGCCGACCUGCCUCGCUCUGAUUGACUUCAAACGUUUUGUGUCGAAAGAUCAUGUAAAUUUAAGAUCUUCAGUAA